AUGUCAUACAGAAUUGAAAUCGCCAAAGAUGAGGACCUCUAUGAACUGAUGACCCAUUUAUGGCGAUGCUUCGAAGAUCCCUACCAAGGCCUUUUACGCAUCUUUUUCCCUAUUUUAAACAAUGACCGUGAAGCUAGUUUGCUUGAAGCCAGCAACAGACAACGCGAAGAAUACAGAGAGACUUACCCAGAGCUCAUUUGGCUCAAGGUUGUUGACAACAAGACGAACAAAAUCAUCGCCGGCGCAAAAUGGUACUUUUACGAACGUAACCCCUUUCUUCCAAAGCCAGGGGACAGUGAUGACCAUGACCCUACAAAUGAGGAGGCCUUUUGGUAUCCAAAGGGGGUCGGUAGGGAAUUUGCUACGUUAGCGAUGCAUGCGUUUGAGAAGCCGAGGACCACGAUGGGCCAAAGACCACAUUCAUUCCUAAAUAUCAUUUUCACCCUCCCGGAACACCAGCGCAAAGGUGUUGGCAGAGCAAUUCUGGACUGGGGACUCGCAAAGGCGGACAGGCUGGGACUUGAGUCCUGGUUAGAUGCUUCUGUCUACGGAUUACCGCUUUACCAAAAAGUUGGGUUUUUAACCUACGGACGCAAUAAUGUUCAGGUGGAAAUGCCGGCAAACUAUGACGCGGAUCAAAAAGCCGAGUGGGAGCAUUACAAGAGCAUCAUGUUGCCGGUUGAGUGUACUGUAAUGUGGCGGCCAGCUGGAGGCAAGUUUUCAGUUGGGAAGACAAUCACACUAUGGACUCACACUAUGGACUAA